UCAGUAUCCCAUGUUGCACUGCUUUAUCAGGGGUUACAAGAUGGCGACGCCCAUGCACAGAAUAAUUGCUCGUAGGCAAGCGGAGGCUAACAAACAGUAUGUUCGAUGUCAAAAAUGUUUAGAAUUUGGCCAUUGGACGUACGAAUGUACUGGGAAGAGGAAAUAUCUACAUAGACCCUCCAGAACCGUGGAACUGAAGAAGAAAUUAAAGGAGAAUGAAAACAACUUGCCAUCUAUGCCAGUACCAGGCAGUGAAGGGGCAAGUGAAAAGAAGACCAAGACAAAAAAGAAAAGAUCCAAGGAUUCAAGUAGCUCCAGCAGCAGCAGCUCCAGUAGUUCGUCCAGUGACUCUUCCUCAGACAGUGAUUCUUCCUCCAGUUCCUCUUCGGACAGUGACAGCGAUGACAGCUCCUCCUCCUCCUCCUCCUCCAGCUCCAGCAGCGACACGGACUCCAGUGACAGCAGCUCCGACAGCGAGCCUCCCAAGAAAAGGAAGAAGAAAUAAGAUGAAUGGUUUUGAUCCAUUUCAGAGUUCCAGCCCUAUUUUACUGCUCUGUUCAGACAGAUUUGUAUAGGUUUUAUCAUUUAAAUAAAACCUAAAAGAAGUCAUGGAGCUUCUAGUGGUAGAAGUUGUAAAUAAGAGUUUUCUGAAAAGAGGUAUAGACCAGUUACAUUUACAAACCUUUACUAGUGUGAUGAAGGGCUCUUCCAAAAGGUAUAUCUUUUAAGAGUAAGAAAGUAUUUAUACCAGUGUGUUAUUUCUUCAACAAUAUUCCAUAUUUGACACUGACCUAAAAAAGCUAAACUUUACCUUUGUUAACCAUGUUUUACAGCUGUUUUAUCUGGACUGUUUCCAUUGUGUGUAUUUGAUCACAGGCCAGAUAAGGGGACCAGAGAUUUGCAUGUUUGGGAACUACAAGUUGGCUAUUCAAAUUAUUUUACAUGGAAGAAAUUUAAGGUUUAAGAAAAUUAACAAUUAAUAAAUAAUUUUGUGUGAACUUUUUUUUUUUUAUCAGUUCCAGUGUGCAUUUGAUUUCUGUUUUCUUUUUUUAUUGUAUAUAAUAGAAGUGUUAACCUAAUUUUUAAACCUAUAUUUUCACUCUACUCUAAUUAUUAAAUACUAGUUUAUACUAUCAUCACAUUUAACCUGGGUCACACUUGCCCCCAAAUUAACACAGUUAAAGUUUAAUUUGACGUAUACAAGAUGUUAUUGUAAUAUUUCAGCACCCUUCCUAGUAUUAUGUUUUGUUUCUAUAACAGUAGGAUUGUAAUGUUUGGCACAUGAGGGUAAUUUGAAGCAUUCGUUUUGUUUAAACAUUUUUUGUCGGUUUCUUGUGUUUUUUUUUUUUUUAAUAAAGAGGUUUAAGCCUU